GCCAUUUUGUAAGAAAAUCAUCAAGUGUGCCGCCCUACCUUCGCUUCAGACCUGCAGUUUUUUUCUUGUGCAAUGGACGGCCGCCUAGACGCUGACUUGUAUCCUGUGGGAUCCGGCUACGUCCCUGAAAUUGAUGUCCAUGACAUAUCAGUUGGCACAAAGAGGGGAUCCGACGAACUCUUUUCUUCCUGCAUAUCCAACGGACCCUAUAUCAUGAACUCAGCCAAUGGCAACGACAGCAAAAAAUUCAAAGGUGAGGUGCGCAGUCCUGGUGUUCCGUCACGUGUGGUCCACGUACGCAAGCUGCCCAACGACAUAAACGAAGCUGAGGUUAUCGGCCUGGGACUGCCCUUUGGGAAGGUCACAAAUCUGUUGAUGCUGAAAGGGAAAAACCAGGCCUUCUUGGAACUGAACAGUGAGGAGUGUGCGCAGACGAUGGUCAGCUACUACUCCUCCGUCACUCCCGUCAUCAGAAACCACCCCAUUUACAUGCAAUACUCGACCCAUAAGGAGCUCAAGACAGACAACUCCCCAAACCAAGUGCGUGCACAGGCAGCUCUGCAGGCAGUCAAUGCACUGCAUGGAGGUGGGAUGGGAACCAUGGCCAUCUCUGCAGAUGCUAGUAGCAUGGGAGGAGGAGCCCAGAGCCCUGUACUCAGAGUCAUAGUGGAGAACCUGUUCUACCCAGUCACCCUUGACGUACUACACCAGAUUUUCUCCAAGUUUGGGACUGUGCUGAAGAUCAUCACAUUCACAAAGAACAAUCAGUUUCAGGCCCUGAUCCAGUACGCUGAUGCCAUGACAGCUCAGCAUGCUAAACUGUCUCUGGAUGGGCAGAACAUCUACAAUGCUUGCUGUACCCUGAGGAUCAGCUUCUCUAAGCUCACCAGCCUCAACGUCAAGUACAACAAUGACAAAAGCCGGGACUACACCCGACCAGACCUUCCCACCGCUGAUUCCCAGCCGUCCCUGGACCCACAGACCAUGGCAGCUGCUGCAUUUGCUGCACCAGGCAUCAUCUCGGCCUCUCCUUAUGGUGGAGCUCAUGCCUUCCCCCCAACCUUUGCUAUACAGCAAGCUGGUCUUUCCGUACCUGGCAUUCCCAGCGCCCUGGCGUCUCUGGGAGUGAGUCAUACCGGUAUGGCAGCGGCUGCUGCUGCUGCUAGUCGGCUCGGCCUGUCGGGCCUCACUGCUACUGGUGGCCACAAUGUGUUGUUGGUCAGCAAUCUGAACCCAGAGAGCGUUACGCCACACUGCCUCUUUAUUCUUUUCGGUGUGUAUGGCGAUGUGAUGAGAGUGAAGAUCCUGUUCAAUAAAAAGGAGAACGCUCUUAUCCAGAUGUCGGAUGGCACACAGGCUCAGCUAGCUAUGAGCCACCUGAACGGCCAGCGCCUCCAUGGCAGGGCCAUGCGUGUGACGCUGUCCAAGCACACAACAGUCCAGCUGCCCAGAGAAGGCCACGAGGACCAGGGCCUCACCAAGGACUUCAGCAACUCGCCGCUGCAUCGCUUCAAGAAGCCGGGCUCCAAAAACUACUCCAACAUCUUCCCGCCCUCGGCAACACUCCACCUCUCCAACAUCCCGCCGUCUGUGGUGGAAGAUGAUCUCAGGAGGCUUUUUGGCAGCUCAGGAGCCACAGUGAAGGCCUUCAAGUUCUUUCAGAAGGACCGCAAGAUGGCCCUGAUUCAGAUGGGCUCGGUUGAGGAAGCGAUCGAAUCCCUCAUCGAGUUCCACAACCAUGAUCUGGGAGAGAACCACCACCUCCGAGUGUCCUUCUCCAAGUCCACCAUCUGAGUGCCUUUCCUUUCACCCUCCAAGCCUAUCGCCGUCUGAAUGCUGUUUUUUUUUUUUUAAAGGGUUGAUUUCAGCGGCGUAGACCACCUUUGCGUUACUUUAGGUGUGCCUCAUUGGAGAAUGUUGCUCAGUUUUUCACCCCCCUCCGUUUUUCUUUUUACAGAGUCGUGACUUUGGGUGUCAGAUGCAACCCUUCCUGUUUAAUUAGUUUUUAUUAGUGAUUUCAAACCCCAAGACACCAAAAUUCAUUGAAAAGAAAAAGUAUUUCACAAUUCUAGUUUGAAAUUAGAUUUUAAUUUGAUUUAGGGACAGAUAUGACUCUUUUCCUUGCCACGCACAAAUCGACUCUUGCAUAUUUGUUGGUUGUAUAGAUGGAUUUGCUGGUUUUUUGUGUUUCUUCCCUGUAUAAUGCUGUUAGUAUGAAACCCUGCAUUUGUUUGCCUUUGCACGUUUGUCGCAGGUCAUGAGGUUUGUCUCAUUUUCAGUAGCCUUUUGUGAAGCUUCUCCACACUUCAGCGUGAGAUCCUGCUCGUAAGAAUGUAAACACUGUUCACUCGUAGUCUCGCGUGUGGAACAGCUGCUAUAAACAAACUUGGGAAAAUCAACAUGUUGGGUUUCUGGUCACCAGGCCUCGUAAUGAAGGUGUUCCAGCACGUUUUACGCAGGGUCAUGAGAAACGGGCAACAUUCUCUAAUGAAACGUGUUCUAUUGGAGGAAAAGUAAAGGCAGCUGAUGAACUGACCCUUUAGACCAAAUCGCUCGCAAAAAGAACACCCUCCACGGCAAAUGUAUGCUUAUGUGGAUGACUUUGUAUCCACACCAGACACACUUAAGCAUUCCUUUUUACUUUAUUAGUUGUGUGGAAAUAUCCAUGUGUGUGUGCCUUUUUUGAAAUGCCACUUUGAACCUGCUUGGCCAGUCAAAAACGGUUAAAGACGAAGGAUUUGUUUUCAGCUGACAGACCAUCAAACAACUUAAUUUCUUCUAUCUUUUUUUUUUCUUUCUUAAUUACCCACCUUUUUUUUCUGGGGAUCCAGACCACUAUCAUAAUAGCAAGAUCACGGUUGUUGGUGUUUUGUUCUUCUUUUCCUCCCCUCUCUCCUGUAGCCCUGUGCCUUACUUUGCCCCCCCCCCCCCCCCCCGCCGUGUCAGUUUGCUCUGGAUUCAUUUGGAAAUGACGUCAAUCAAAAAUGCCUUUUCUCGUGUACCAGCAUCGUUAAAAUGGGGGAGAAGUGGCUCAUGUAAUCUUCAGUUUAUUUUUCUGUGAAACACAAAUGUUUAUCUUUGUAUGCAUAUAUCCCCCCAUUCUAUGUAUCUAGAAAUAUGAAUGUAAGUCAGUUAGAUUGCGUAAUAUCCUUGCUAGGUGAUGUAGCUCUGUUCAGUGUAUCGUCGCAGGCCUGGAGCUGUGUUCAGCCUUCCUGUCUCACUGUCCCCCGUGAACUUCCAUCCAGACGGUGGCGUUCGGGGCCUCAUUUAAACCUAUUACAUUCAUCUAUAUGUGGACACAUAUAUAUUCAUAUAUCUUUUCUUUAUGUUAGUGGUUACACGUUUAUUACUUGGAAGCUUAACUUGUAGUAGCUGGGUUUGAUCACUAGCGCAGUGCCUUGACUCCUUGCUUUUUUUUUCUAAUUUGAGGCUGAAACGGGCCCGGUCGGUUGACUUUGUUUACCUCUUGUUCAGGUGUUUUAUCUGACCUGUCUGCAAAGAUGCCUUGAUCUUCUUAUAUUCAGGUAGUCCUACCUGUGAGAGGGCAGCUUGGAGGCGUUUGUCAAUCGAUGGCGACCACAGUCUGAAAAACCCAGCUGAUUUUUUUUUUUUUUUUUCCCCCCUUAAAUUCAGGACACCAGAAGUACAGAGUGGGGAGGGGGGCCGCCCUCUCCCCACUCCUGUCUGUCACAACACAGUCAGGUAUGCUAUAGUGCACUUUUCCUCAAUAGAAGGUCCAAGUUGGCACCAACACGCUUCAAGUCUUAACGUCGUCACAUUCCUGCGUGCCUCCAGCACCGGUUUCCACAGCCUUGACCACUGUAGUCUUGGACCAGAUACAGAUGUUCUGUCUCUAUUUUUGUAAAAGAUUCUUAUGCAUGCUUAAACGAAGCUUCAUGUAGCUGCAGACGGUUAUUGCUGAUAAGGACCAAAGUAUGUUCUACCCUUUAUGUUUUGUGGUGUUUUCUUUUUU